UUUUUUUUCUUUCGACUGAUCUGUGGCAACUCACGGCAUAUUUUCCUUGACACAAUAUGAGGCUUGCCAUCUUGGCGGUCCCAGCCUUGUGAUACCAGCGACCUCUGCUGAGCACUGGCAGCGACAUGGAGAGCUGGCAUGAUGUCGCCAUUGGGCCGCUUCCGUCCAAGGGGCAUUGUGGAUGACUGUCAAGACCGUUGGAUUGAAAGAGAUGCUGCGUCAUCCCCCAUUGCCUAGUCAAUUUCCUCAGCAGCACCCCAGCAGCAAGCCAGCUCCUACGCUCAUUUUUCAACCCCCCCGACAACCACAACAUCCAUUUUAAAAUGAAGUUCUUCACUGCCCUCCUUGUUGCCGCCUCCGUCGUUGCCGCUCAGGAAUCCGGUGCCUCCUUUGGACCGGCUGUUGACUCUGGCUCGAACGCUAUCUCCGCCCCCAAUGUCAACAACGGCUGGCAGGCUCUUGGCUCGGUGUUCGACUCGAGCUCGAACGAUGGCGCCGUGAUCUCGGGCAACUCUGGCACGACCGUCAGCAAGGGCGUCUCGAACACUGCCAACACCAACCAGAUCACCACCAACCCGCUCCAGUCGGCUGUUUCGGGCAACACUGGUCUUACCAACAACGGCCAGGGCAACCAGAUCGGUGACCUGUUCGCUGGCGGUUUCCCCGGUGGCUUCCCUGGCUCGUUCGGUCCCCACGGCUUUGCCAAGCGUGGCGGCUACGGUGGUGAGCCUGUUGGCUACGGCGUCCCCCAGCCCGUCGACUUCCCGGUUGCUCGCCCUGUUGGUUACCCGGUCGCCGUCCCUCGCCCUGUUGCCUACCCUGUUGCUGUUCCUCGCCCCAUUGCCGUCCCCCACCCCGUCGCCUACCCUGUCGCUUACCCGGUUGCCCACCCGGUCGGUUACCCGGCUGCCUACCCUGUUGGCUACGCCGGUGGCCACCACCACAACCAGGAGCAGAACGCCAGCAUUGUCCAGAACCAGGCCUAAGUUUCUCCUCAAGCCCCCCCUGGGUCUAAUCGGCCCCCCGUCCCUCACAUACUGGUAGCCUCCCCUCUUCACCUACCUCUAUCUAGUCCCCUUCCGAUCUCAUAUUUUCUCUCAGCUCUUAAUAAUUGCCG